AUGAACACCUCCGCAUUUCUGGUAUAUUCCGCAUUAUCGAUGCGCGUUCGAAUUAUUGGAAACGAUUGCCGGAGUGUGUAAGGCUGAUAGGACGAAGCAUUCGCGGCGCGCAAAUUCCUCCCAGCCUGACAGUGGCGCUGCGAUGCCCGACGUCUCUUAUUUCCCGGCGUCUCUGGUGCGCUGGCGGCCGCUCCUUCUCCAAGUCUACGCGGAAGGAGGUGGCUCUUGGCCGGGAGGUGGGAAGCACAUAUAGGCAAUUGAUAACUUGUAGUGGAGGCUGGGGAACCUGUCCGUGAAGUCGCCGCUACUGGACGUCAACGCAUGCUAUUAGUGUGUAAAAAGCGCGUUAGCGCAGCAUCCGUGUCCGUGUUUGCGCGUAGCCGGCGGUGAGAACGCGCUCCCGGGCUGUGAAGCGGCCAGGUACGCUGGGUCCCGCAGGCGGAGUUGGCAGCAGUAGCAGUGGAGAGAAAUGCCGCCUUUUCGGCAGAGCAGAGUCCGGUCCAGAUACCUACUGCUCGUCAUCCUCCUCUUCUUCAUCCCCACGGUGCGCUCUGCUGACGAAGAACCCUCCCACCUGAACAACUGGCACGACAUCUGGCUGGUUCGCUUCAUCAUCAAUAUUUUGGGAUAUGCAACAAUCAUCGUCCCUGGUUACCUUCUCAUCAAAUAUUUGAAGAGUAGUAACUACCUAGAAACUGGUCGUGGAUUUUGUUACCCUGUUAUUAAGUCCUGCGUGUUUGGAAGUGAGUCCAAGUCAGGUUUGCUAGAUGAACCCCUUGCGGCCCCCCGAAAUGAACCAGAGUCUACGUCGUCAACCAAGCAGGCUUUGAAGUUGUUCUUCUGCGCAGCUGGUCUUCAGGUUUCCUACUUAACAUGGGGCGUCCUACAAGAACGUGUGAUGACACGCUCAUACGGGGCCACCGGCGAGGAGGAGGAGGGCGAGAGGUUUACGGACUCCCAGUUCCUGGUCUUCAUGAACCGCAUCCUGGCCUUGACUGUGGCUGGGCUCUGGUGUGCCCUCUUUAAGCAGCCCCGCCAUGGAGCCCCCAUGUACAAGUACUCCUUCGCCUCCCUGUCCAACAUCCUGAGCAGCUGGUGCCAGUAUGAGGCCCUCAAGUUCAUCAGCUUCCCCACGCAGGUCCUGGCCAAGGCCUCCAAAGUCAUUCCUGUCAUGCUCAUGGGGAAGAUUGUUUCCCGGAAGAGCUACGAGUACUGGGAGUACUUCACGGCCAUGCUGAUCUCCAUCGGGGUCAGCAUGUUCCUCCUGUCUAGCACUACCAACAAGCACCCUUCCACCGUGACCACCUUCUCCGGGGUCGUCAUUCUGGGUGGCUACAUCAUGUUCGACAGCUUCACUUCCAACUGGCAGGACAACCUCUUCAAGUACAAGAUGUCCUCAGUGCAGAUGAUGUUUGGGGUGAACCUCUUCUCCUGCCUCCUGACGGUGGGCUCGCUGCUGGAGCAAGGAGCCUUCUUCGAGUCCUUGGCCUUCAUGACCCGGCACUCCGAGUUCGCCAUCCAUGCCGUGCUUCUGUCUGUCUGCUCUGCCUGCGGGCAGCUCUUCAUCUUCUACACCAUAGGCCAGUUCGGCGCGGCCGUCUUCACCAUCAUCAUGACGUUGCGGCAGGCCAUCGCUAUCCUGCUGUCCUGCUUCCUCUACGGCCACCCAGUCACCGUCGUGGGUGGCCUAGGUGUCGCUAUAGUGUUCCUCGCGCUCUUUCUGCGGGUUUAUGCACGGAGCCGCACGAAGAGGAGCAAGAAGGUGGCCCCGAGCCAGCCGACGGUGGAGAAGGUGUAGGAGGAUGGACCCGCCGCGUUAAGGCCACCUAUGGUGUUUUCUUAGAUCUUUCCAAAUCCUAAUCUGUGCAUUUAGGCCAGAGGGUGUCUAAGGGUGUGUUUCCAUGUCCCGUUUCUGCGGUUUGGCACCAGCUUCAGAUUAAUGUCCCUGAGUCGGUCACAUUCCCUUCUUUAACCUUGGAAUGGGGGGGAAGUUCGGGGUGGGGGAGGGGGGUGCAAUUCUCCAAAGCAGUGAAUUUCAAUGUUAAAUAAUUUUCUCAUGUAACACGGUCAGCUCUAGCUAACAGCAGACCCUAAUUCCAGGACGGAGCGAAAUGCACCAGCCUCUGCGGUGCUUUUAUACGUGUAUUUGUAUGACUUUUAAUUUCAGUGUCUGGAUGUUUAAGUGUAGAAUCUGUGUGCUGCGUUGGCCCUUUAAUGUGGGCGGGGCUUCGACAGCAUCGAGAUGCAGGACCGCACCAUUGGUGGGACUAAGGCGUUAGCUCAUUGGUGGCAACCAGAGUAUUUGUAUGGUACAGAAACAUUAUAGGAAGGCAUGCAGGGAGCUGGACCUGCUCCACACGCCAGGGACACGCAUGUAGUUUAUUCACGCAGAGAACUACCAAGGUUCACGUGUUUUUCAUACUUUUCAUGGUAGGUGAUGGGACAUCCCUUUCUUAUAUGCUGUCAGUGAGUGACCCAGAGUCUGUCUGUCUGUCUAUCUAUCUAUAUACAUACAUGCAUACAUACAUGCAUACAUACAUACUGACUGACUGACUGACUCUGGGUCACUCACUGACAGCAUAUAUAUAUAUAGAA